AUGGAUAUGCACUGAAUCUAGUUGCGUGGAUUUAAGUAGCCUGGGGAGCUGUACCACCUGCUCUGAUCAGCAGUUCGUCACAGAAUACAGAUAAUCCUGAAUACGUCGCAUACUAUAAGUUCUCUUUUAACUCAAACACCAGAAUCCAAAUGGAAACUGCGACUCUGCUUAUCCUAUGCCUGCUCGUCGCUGCUCUCUUUCUCUUCAAAAACAAUGCAUCUUCGCCAUUAUGGAACAUCCAAGGCCCAAAACAUAGUUCUUUCAUCCUGGGACAUCUGCGUGAGCUAUUGCAGCGGCCAGCAGGUCUUGCUGAAUUCGAAUGGCAGCGUAUCUACGGGGACGUCGUGCGCAUCAGGACGUCGUUUGGGUCUGAACAACUGGUAGUGUCAGACCCAAAAGCCCUCCAACAUAUCCUUUGUUCGGGCUACAAAUGGCGUAGGAGUCCAGUCCGUCGAGAAAUGGGAAGACUUACAUCGGGAAAAGGACUUGCGUGGGCGGACGGAGAAACUCAUGUGAGGCAUCGCAGGCUUAUGACGCCGGGGUUUCGAGCGACAGAGACUCAGAAGUUCCUCCCCAUCUUUGUUGCUUGCGCCGAAGCAAUGAGUUCAGAAUGGAAGAAAAUUAUAUCCAAAUCUGGUGACCAGUCCUGUGUUUUUGACUUGACUGACCAUCUGUCGCAUGCCACCCUCGAUGCUAUUGGGCUAGCUGCAUUCGACUAUGACUUUGGAUCUAUCAGCAACCACGAAAACGAGCUGGCAAAAGCGUAUGAGGGUUUAACAGCCAAGGCAUUCAGAGCUCCAUCCAAUAUGGGCUUGCUUAUGCUGGACCUUUUCAGGCUUAUUCCAUCUACAGUCAUGGAGUUCAUGAAUGAUCACAACCCCAGAUUGGAGACCCUACAUCAUGUAGCUCAUGUUGGAAAAGGCGUUGCAAAACAACUCAUCGCUCAGAAAGUAGAUCAAAUUGAACAAGGCACUCCCGAUACGGAUAUAUACACAUCUUUAGUACAAUCCAAUUUAUCAGAAUCAUUUAAAUCACGACUUUCUGACGAAGAGCUUGUGGCGCAGAUGAGAACUCUACUUUUCGGAGGACAUGAGACAACUACAAACAGUAUCUGCUGGGCGGCUUAUGAACUUGCCCGCAAUCCAGAACUCCAGGAUCAACUUCGCACAGAAAUCAAAUCCACCGAGAGAAAGAUUGCAGACCGCGGAGAAUUCGAGUUCACUCUAAAUGACUACGAAGAGAUGCCUCUCUUGAAUGCCAUUUGCAAGGAAACUCUUCGUUUUCAUCCUAUUGUAUUGCAUCUUUUCCGAACCGCUAACGAAGAUGAUGUGAUUCCGCUUUCAAAGCCAAUAGUCGGAAAGACAGGACAACUCAUCACUGAGAUACCUGUCCCAAAAGGUACACGGAUAGUGGGUUCUUGCUCGGCGUACAAUAGAAACCUAACGAUCUUCGGCGAGGACGCCCAUGAAUUCAAUCCUAACCGUUGGCUCGAACCGGGGCGCGUCAAGACCGAAGAUAACCUAGGAUUCCCAUACGCAAGUUUAGCGACGUUUGCUGCCGGAGUCCGUUCUUGUAUCGGAUGGAGGUUUGCUGUGGCAGAGCUGCAAACAUUCAUUGUAGUCCUCCUCAGAAAUUUUGCAAUCAGGGAUACCCCCGAAUUGACCAGGAUACGACGCGAAUCCGCACUGACUAUGGUGCCCGCAAUCGAGGGAGAGCUUGACAAAGGCACUCAGUUGCCUAUCCGUGUUUACUUGGGGGACUCUUGAACAUUUGUGUUGUGCAAGAAGUAUGAACUUUGAAGGGAAUGGACAAUUGUGGAGGUGUAUCAAAUAAAACAUGAAAAAGCCUGGUAGUGAUAUGAAGCAUGGCAAGCAUGUAAAUAAGCUACUGUCGGAGCUUGGAAAAAGUAGUGAGUUUGUGUAGUGAGUUUGUGUAGUGGUAGUGUUCGUCGUAAGUCGGGAAGUUGUAGUAUUCAUCUGUAAUCGUAAAUGGGA